GUAUUUGUCAUUAAUCUUCUGGUGGGGAAGCCUUUGAUUGGGAGACAAACGAUGGAAACCUUUUGUGGAAAGUUGUUUUGCCUUGCCAAUCCUUUAAUUUGUUCUCAGUGUAUCCAUUAAAUCAAAGAUGCUGCAAUUAAAAUGUCACUUAAGUUUGUGGGUCAAUGCCACAGCUUAUUAGCUUCCCACUUCCAUUGCUAGAGGCAGAAAACAUACCUACAUUGCGCACGCGGAAGCUAUGAAAAGCAGUGGUUCUUGGCAUGAUAAGGAAGAGAACUAACGACAGGAGCACCAAUCGCCAGCAGUGGUCAAGUCUAUGGCAAAACUGUACAAACCUUCCCUCCCUAAAGCAAAUUCAUGCUUCCCUUAUCACCAAAGGCUUCAAUUCAUGCUCAUCAGCCUUAAGAGAACUCAUAUUCGCAAGUGCCAUUGCUGUUUCUGGCACCAUGGACUAUGCCCAUCAACUGUUCGCUCAAAUUGCAGAACCGGAUAUCUUCAUGUGGAACACGAUGAUGAGAGGUUCAGCUCAAAGUCAUAACCCUUUAAAAGCAAUUUCACUCUAUUCCCAUAUGGAGAGAAGUGGUAUGAAGGCUGAUAAGUUCACGUUUUCGUUCUUGCUUAAGGCUUGUACCAGGCUUCAAUGGAGAAAAACGGGUUUUUGUAUUCAUGGAAAGGUCGUCAAAUAUGGGUUUCAUGAAAAUAAGUUUGUGAGAAAUACCCUUAUUUAUCAUCAUGCUAAUUGUGGGGAUUUGGGGAUAGCUAGAGCCAUUUUUGAUAAUUCGGGAGAAAGUGAUAUUGUUGCUUGGUCUGCUUUAACUGCAGGUUAUGCAAGGAGAGGGCAGUUGAGCGUGGCGAGACAGCUGUUUGAUGAAAUGCCAGUUAAGGAUUUGGUUGCUUGGAAUGUGAUGAUUACAGCAUAUGUUAAGAAAGGGGAGAUGAAGUGUGCGAGGAGACUCUUUGAUGAGGUUCCUAAAAGGGAUGUUGUGACUUGGAAUGUGAUGAUUGCAGGAUAUGUGCUUUGUGGGGAGAACAGGCAGGCACUGGAAAUGUUUGAGGAGAUGAGAGGUGUAGGAGAGCAGCCAGAUGAGGUCACUAUGCUGAGUCUUUUGUCAGCUUGCACAGAUUUGGGUGAUUUGGAUGUUGGCAUGAAGGUCCAUCGCUCAAUUUUGGAGAUGAGUUUAGGAGAUCUGAGUGUAUUACUAGGGAAUGCCCUUAUAUACAUGUACGCCAAGUGUGGGAGUAUUGAACGAGCACUUGAAGUGUUCAGAGGGAUGAGGGAGAAAGAUGUUUCAACGUGGAAUUCAGUUAUAGUAGGUUUGGCUUUUCAUGGCCACGCUGAGGAGUCGAUCAAUUUGUUUGCAGAGAUGCGAAGGUUAAAAAAUAUCAGCCCAAAUGAAAUUACUUUUGUUGGAGUGCUAGUUGCUUGCAGUCAUGCUGGUAAAGUUGAAGGGGGGCGUCAAUAUUUUAAUCUUAUGAAAGAUGUGUAUGGCAUAGAGCCAAAUGUAAGACACUAUGGGUGUAUGGUGGAUCUUUUAGGGCGUGCAGGGCUAUUGAAUGAUGCAUUUGAGUUCAUAGAAAAUAUGAAUAUUGAACCUAAUGCUGUAAUUUGGAGGACUCUACUGGGGGCUUGUAGAAUACAUGGAAAUGUUGAGCUGGGUAGGCUUGCAAAUGAGAAACUACUUGAGAUGAGAAGGGAUGAGAGUGGGGAUUAUGUGUUACUUUCCAACAUAUAUGCUUCAGUAGGUGAGUGGGAUGGGGUUCAGAAGGUUAGGAACUUAAUGGAUGAUAGUGGAGUGAGGAAAGAACCUGGCUGUAGCAUAAUUGAAGCAGAUGAAGAAAAAGCUCUCAUGCAAUUUUUGUUUGAUUCAAAGCGCAAGUUAAACUCGAGAAAUCAAAUAUCAUGAGCUGCAAGUUUUGGUAAGACAUGCUUUCGUGUCUCUCGCUCAUAUGCUACUGGAAUACAAAUACAACUGAAUACUAUAUGUUGAUAAUGAUGGCCUCACUCAGUCUCGAUUUUAGAGAAGGCAUUUUCGACCUUUUCCCCUCUAAUAUUCCUUUGGAACUAUGACUGACAAACAAGAAUAAUGAGGAUUUGAUAGUGAAAUUCCUGGAUUAUUAUGUCAACAAAGAUUGAGUUUUUUUGUUAUAAUACACCCUAGGGGGCUUAAAGUAUGACAUCCCAUGGCAGCUGGGAUUUGAUUAUUUGAAUACUGUGUUUCUAUACAUUUCUGGUGCUGAGUCAUAUUAAUUUUUCGUAAGUUGGAGUUGUCCAAUGAGCUUUUCUUAAUCUUAGUUGACCAGAGUGUUUGUACCAUUUCAUAUAUUAUAUUUAUAUGCAAAAGCAGCAAUUGGCUUA